AUGAUUAAUAAUGAUGAUGAUCGUAAAAAUUACUAUAACGAAUUUCGCUGCCUUAAACAAACUUUCGAUAAAUGUACCAUUAAACUGAAAUUUAUCGCUUCAAGGAGUAUGUCUACUUUGAAAGUCGUUCUAUUGACAGAUUCUGAUUCUCUUAAUCAAAAUAUACCAUUACCAUAUAAAUAUUACGGAAAAAAAUUAUGGGAAACAGUUCAAAAUAUUGUUACAGAGCUUAAUUAUCCUUGUGAAAUAGUUGAAUUAGAUAAACUUGAUUUUCAAGAACAUGAAUCUGUUAAUAAAUUUCUCAAUGCUGAUAUUGUUAUUAUGGAUGUUACGAAUCAAGAUCGUCGACCCACAUUUAUGUAUCAUAAGGCCAAUCGUGAAAGUGUAGAUUGCAUGGAUGAUAUUGUAUUAAUUCAGGCUAGUAAUGUUGAAAAUGACAAUGCCAUUCAAGAUCUGAAAACAACAUGUAAAAUAAAACAAAUUAUCGUUUAUCGAUAUGAUGAAGAAAAAAAUGUUUUCUAUGAUCUAACAACGCAAACAUCAAAUACGUCAACAUUACUUAAAACGAAUUUAAAAUGCUUCUUCAUUGAAACGGCUAAUAAUUUACAUCACGGUCUUGCUACUCGAUAUUUGAAUCGUUUAGAAAAACGUAAAAAUGAAGUUCAUGACACAACUGCUGAACGUAUUUAUUUAUGGAAAGAAAUCUGUGAUGAAAUAUUAACAGAAACAAAUCAAAGAUAUGCUACGCCAAAGUUAAUAACAAAAUUGAUGUAUGCUUUUCGAGAUAUACAAGAUUAUCAAUCGAUGAUAGAAUUAACUGAACGUUGCGAAAAAUAUGAAAUAAUUUCAAAGAAAAUUAAAACUAAUAUGAUGAUCUCCUAUUUAACAGCAUUUGCUCGUAGUCGACGAAAUCAAGAUAAUGAUCGUGAGAAAGCACUGGAAAUUCUUGAAAGAUUAUGCCAAACGAAAAAAACAGAAAGUGAAUUAUCAAAUGACAUCAUUUGUUUAUGUGGAAGAAUUUAUAAAGAUAAAUAUACUGAAUCAAAUUGUCAAGAUAAAGAUUCAUUAGAAAAAGCUAUUGAAUGGUAUCGAAGAGGUUUUGCUGCUGAUCCUAAUAUAUAUGCUGGCAUUAAUCUACUAUUUCUUUUGGCAAUUACAACUGAUGAUCUAUACAAGAAUAAUGAAGCAUAUAAAAUUAUUAUUCAACUGAACGCAUUACUUGGCAAGAAAUGUCGUUCUUUAAAAGAUUUAACUGAUUAUUGGGAUGUAGCAACGUUUUUCGAACUACAUGUUGUUCAACGUGAUUGGCCAAAAGCCUGUCUAGCAGCAUUACAUAUGUAUAAGCUUAAUCCUCCUAUAUGGUAUUUAAAAUCUACAAUAAAUAAUUUGAAAAUUCUUCAUCAAGCAACGCGUCUACGUGCUCAACAAAGAUUGCAACGUGAACAAUCGCAAAUAAUAUCUGCUGAUGAAAAUGUUUAUAGUUUCUGGAUAGACUUCUUUAGUGAUGCUAUUGAUUCUAGUUAUACAUCACCUACAGAAAACGAAUUACCUGCGCAAGUACCAAUUCUUGUUUGUGAUAAUUAUGAAAAAACUGAUGGAGCGACUAUGAAGAAUAUUUAUGUAGAAGCUUAUUUACAAUUAAAUUUUCAUACGGGUAGUGAACCUGAAACACUGGUUAUACGUAUACUUGAACAACAAAAGCAAACACGUGUAGGUGAUCUUGUAAAAAUAAUUGAAAUGGAUUCGAUUCGAUCAAUUAUAAAUGUUAAGCGCGAUAAUCGGUCCAUUUUUUUGUAUUCAUAUGAAAAUUCUGCCACAUUCUCAUCUGUUGAACUUCAAAUUUAUUUUGCCUCAGCUGAAAGACGCACAGCGUUCAAUGGGAAAAUGUCGAAAUAUCGUGUGGAAACAAAUAUAUCCGAGGCUAAAGAAGAAUUGGGUCUUGAAUUUGAUCUCGAUCAACGAGGCCAACGUAUUGCUCUUGGUCAAGGUACUUAUGGAAAAGUAUAUCUCGCACAAGAUCAUAUAACAUAUAAAAAAUUUGCUGUCAAAGAAAUUCCAAUGCGUAAUCCAUCUUUUACGGAAGUACUCGAAAAUGAAAUAAAAAUAUUAUCAACACUCAAUCAUAAAAAUAUUGUGAGUUAUUAUGGUACGGCUAUUGAUUCGAAAAAGAAACCUCCAAUAUUUCAAGUCAUAAUGGAAUAUGUUGAUGGCGGCAGUCUUUCAAAACAUCUUGCAAAAUUUGGUCAAUUUCCUGAAGCAUCUAUUAGAAAUUAUACUCGACAACUUCUCGAAGGUUUACAAUAUCUACAUGAAAAUCAUAUUCUACAUCGAGAUAUUAAAUCAGCUAAUAUUUUAAUUAAUUCAAGAGGAGAAAUCAAAAUUGCUGACUUUGGUACAUCAAGACGUCUUGCUGGUCUUCAUCGUUGUACCGAAGAGACUGUUGGAACUCUGGACUACAUGUGUCCUGAUGUUAUUCUUGUACCUCCAAUUGGUUAUGGACCGGAAGUUGAUAUUUGGAGUGUUGGAUGCACAGUCAUUGAAAUGGCAACUGGUAAACGACCAUUUCACAAUAUAGCAACUCAUUAUGCAUUGUUGUUUAAACUUGGCAAUGAUAAACAACCACCUGACAUCCCAUCUGAAUUAUCUGACAUAACUAAAGAUUUUCUAGCCAAAUGCUUCGAACCAACACAGAAACGCCCGUCAGCUAAAGAUUUAUUAAGUCAUCCAUUUUGCAAAUUAAAAACUGGAUUAGCACGAGAAACCAGUACCAAUCAUAAUGGUGACCGAAUUGAAGGUGCAAUACGUCUAUCAGAAUCUUCGCCUUGUCUACAACGAAGUACAAGCGACGAGCCUGGAAUGCUUUUUGAACCAGCUCGUGAUUUAACAGCUCAAGUAUCAAUUGAUGAUCGUCGUCGGUAUGAAUUAGCAAAUAUUUUACGUGACAAUGACAACAAAGAAGCUCUUAUUGGUCAAUGGAUGUCUUUAAUAGAAGAAAAAAGUGAAACAGAACUUUUAAAUAUAGACAAACUUUUAAUUUUACUAACUGGUAUUCUUGAUUUCUUGGAUCAAGGAUGUGUAGAAGUAUUAGAAAAUGCGUUAGACAACAUUUGUGAUAGAACGAAUAUGGACAGCGAUAUUCGUAUUGAUUUGGAACGAUCAUUUUAUCUCUUUAUAAAAGCUGCAAACAAUGUUCUUUCAUCAAGAAAUAUUCUACCUCCACAUGUUUUAUUUGCACUUGAUAAUAUCAUACGUCGUGUUGCUGAAAAUCUUGUUGGUCUUAUUCGAUCAGAUUUUAUUCCUGCUGUAAAUAAUCUAGCACCAUUAACAUCAAGUACUGAUUUAUUAACUGACAUCUCACGUUCACGUACACCAUCAAGUAGCAGUUUUGAUGGCUUGAUAAAUGAUGAAACAUCACGUUUACAUCACCAAUAUAAAAAGCUUGCUGAGAAAAAUCGCGAGCAAAUUCAACGAUUGAUUAAAAUCGAAUCGAAUAAUUCUAUUGAUUUAACUAACUUGAUAAACAAUCAACGAAAUAGCACAACAAGUAAAAUAAAGGAUUUUUUCUUACCUACAGAACUACCUGGAAUCAGUGAAAAUACGAGUUGUCCCAAUUCACCGGCUUCAACUUCAGCUCAACGAACAAAUGGAGUUCAUAACCCAUGGACUCCAAGAGGAAUAAAACGCUCACGUGCAAUUCUCGAACUUGAACAAGAACACGAACGAUUAUUGAACGAUAUUACUGAUAAUCGUACUCGUAUCAACGAACUACUUCAUGGAUAG